UGGCCAAAAAGUAUGGUUCCUAGUUCUCUUAUUAGACAAGAAGCCAAAUCAAAUACACAAAUUCCCCUAACUAUAUUCCACCACGCGUUUAAGUCCUCUCUCGCGCAAAAAGCAGCUACUUAAUGGAAAAGAAAACACAAUCAUUGCCAUACUACAUAUUAUUCCAGGUACCCUACUAACUAAUUAACAAGAUUCUGAGAUAUUCAAAAAUAUUGAAAAGUCCAACAUGCCUUUCUGGUUAUUCAUUACAGCAAAUAGACUUCCAACACCUCCUUUCCCCUUCCAUGUUCUCGUUAUUUCUUUGCUUUUCAUCUUAUGUUAUGGAGCUCAAGCUCAAGCUGCUGAAAAUGAAAAAGUCACAAAGAUUGGGGCAAUAUUUGAUAUUACUUCUCCUCUUGGAAAAGAGAAAAAAGUUGCCAUGGAAAUUGCAGCUCAAAACUUCAACAAGGAUUCUACCCACCACAAGCUCUCACUCUAUUUCCAGGACUCUAGAAGGGACCCCCUCAAGGCUACAUCUUCUGCUAAAAAUUUGAUCAAAGAGAAUAAAAUAGAUGUGGUUGUUGGCAUGGAUACUUGGCAGGAAGCAACUUUAGUAGCCAAAGUUGGAAAUGAAGCUCAAAUUCCAGUCAUUUCCUUUGUAGCACCAAGUAUAACACCCCCAUUAAUGACAAAUCGAUGGCCUUUUCUGAUAGCAAUGGACAAUGAUGCUUCUCCUCAAGUAAACUGUAUUGCAGAUCUUAUUUGUGCUUAUAAUUGGCGGAAAGUUGUAGUGAUUUACGAAGACGGUGAAUAUGGUGGUGAUUCUGGUACCUUAAACCUUAUAAAUGAAGCUCUGCAAACCGCUGGUUCUGAGAUAGAGUACCAUUUAGUUCUUCCACCUUAUUCCUCCCUAUCAGACCCAAAAGGGUUUGUUCUAGAUGAGCUGUUGAAGGUUUUGAACAACAUUCAAUCUCGGGUUUUUAUUGUUCUCCAAUCAUCGUUUCCUAUGGUGGCUCAUUUGUUCAGAGAAGCUAAGAAAAUAGGACUUGUAGGGAAAGAUUCUGUCUGGAUAAUCACGGAGAGUAUAACAAGUUUGCUGGAUUCUGUUGACAGCUCUGUUAUUUCCUCCAUGGAGGGAAUUCUAGGUAUCAAGACCUACUAUUCCCAAAGUAGUAAUUCUUACAAAGAUUUCUAUACUCAGUUCAAUCAAACUUUCCAAUAUCAGAACCCACAAGAGUAUCAUUUCAAGCCGGGAAUUCAUGCUCUACGAGCAUAUGAUAGCAUUAGGACCAUUACACAAGGCAAUGAUAGUACAAAAACGCUGUUGGAAAACAUAUUAUCCAGCAAUUUCAAUGGUUUAAGUGGCAAAGUACUUUUCCAAGAAGGGAAGCUUAUCCCCUCACCUGUAUUCAGGAUAGUGAAUGUGAUUGGAAAAGAAGACAGAGAAGUAGCCCAGCAAAAGCCAAGAUACAAAGAGUUAGACUUUUGGAUGCCAGAGUAUGGUUUCUUGAAAAGGGUAGUUAAAAGUAAUGAUCAUAAAAUGGAAAAUAGAAGUCAAGCCGUUUGUAAAACCAUGAAAGGUUUGAAUCAUAGAAUAGUUUGGCCUGGAAACUUGAACCAUAGACCAAAAGGUUGGUCAAUGCCUACUAGUCAAAAUCCAUUGAGAAUAGGAGUUCCUGGCAGGACUAUCUUCAAAAAGUUUGUAGAGGUAGACGAAUCCAAAAGAGACACAAAUGACGGCUAUGAUGGUUAUUGCAUACAAAUUUUCAAAAAGGUGUUACAGCGUUUGGAUUAUGAUAUCCCAUAUAAAUUUAUAGCUUUCAACGGCUCGUAUCCUGAUCUAGUUGAUCAUGUCUAUAAUAAGACAUUCGACGCAGUUGUGGGAGAUUUGACCAUACUAGCCAACCGAACAGAAUAUGUGGAAUUUACGCAGCCAUAUGAGGAGUCAGGGCUAUCAAUUGUAGUCCCCAUCAAGUCAGAAGAGUCUGCAUGGAUGUUCAUGAAGCCCUUCACUUGGGAGAUGUGGGUAGUGACAGGAUCAAUAUUGAUAUACACAAUGUUUAUAGUGUGGUUCUUGGAGCAUCCCACAAAUCCUGAAUUUAGCGGCCCAUUGAAAAAUCAGAUUGGCAUCUCUCUUUGGUUCACAUUCUCCUCUCUUUUCUUUGCCCAGAAGGAGAGAAUUCACAGCAACUUGACUCGAGUGGCUGUUAUGGUGUGGCUUUUUGUAGUAUUCAUCUUAAGUUCAAGUUACACUGCUAGUCUUUCUUCAAUACUCACUGUGAAACAACUAGAACCAGUAACAGAUAUUCAAUGGCUAAAGAGAACAAACCAGACUGUUGGCUGUGAUGACAAUUCGUUCGUCAUGGCAUACCUGAAGGAUGUACUUGAAUUCAAGGAAGAAAAUAUCUACAAAAUUAGUGAUGAAUACAGCUAUGUGGAGAGGUUUGAAGAUAAAACCAUAGCAGCUGCUGUUUUUGAACUCCCAUAUGAAAAAGUUUUCCUUAACAAGUACUGCAAAGGAUAUACUACCACCGAAGCUACCUACAGAUUUGGAGGCUUGGGAUUUGUAUUCCAGAAAGGUUCACCUAUGGUCAGGGAUGUCUCUAGAGCCAUUCUAUAUAUGUCAGAAGAUGGAAGCCUGGCAGAACUUGAACGCCAUUGGUUGACUCCAGGCGAUGAGCAAUGCUCAAAGAGCAUAAAAUCCAAAGAAACUGAAAGAUUGAGACUUGGGAGCUUCUGGGGUAUCUACCUUUUAUCCGGAGCCUCAUCCACUAUUUGUUUUCUAUUAUCCCUGAUUCGCUUACACAGAAACUACCAGCGUCACAGCCAAGGCAAUCAAAGUCCAAUUAGUAAUAAGAGUAUGUGGGAAAAAGCAGUUGGUUUAGCAAGAUACUAUUACAACGGAGAGCUGUCCAACAGUGCAGUUGGCAUGGGUUCUUCAUCUUCAACGUGGGAAUUCGUCAGCACUUUAGACGUUCCGGAUCAUAUCGAAGCUUCCUCAUCGCCACCUGAGAUUGAAAUUAGUUCCAUCAGCUCAUCAUGAUUGAUCAAUGAAUAUGACAUAGCGAGAAAUUGAAUUAACUGGAUUUGGUUGACCAAACAUUGUAGAAGAAAAAUAUAUUUGUAAUUAAAAUAUUCCUCAUCUGUAUAUAAAUCAAAAGAGAUUUUAGCUAUCCAAGUAUGCAACAUUCUGACGGUGCAAAUAUCAAUACUCUAAAGGGAUAUUUGCACACUAAAUUACAGUUACAUUACAUACUUUUAUUUUGGAUAUCAAGCAAGUCUUAAAUACCCGGUCAAAGUACAAUGUGAAAAAGUACGACGAUUGGCCGGUGCUUAGUAAAGAACGAUGGUACUACCAUAGAGUAUGGCAUGGCUAAAAUUUCAUGUGUUCUGUAAAGUUUUUUUGACCUUAGGGAAGCAAUUUUUAAAUCUUAAAAGCUGUUUUUGACUUUUCAAAAACUAUGCUAAAUAUAUUAA